CAAGCUCUUCGAGCCUCAGCCACCUUUCAUUCUGCACUCUACACCGACGCCGACGCCAUGUUCCAACGCGAUCCUCGUGCAGGUGUUUUCUUGGGUGGUGACAGGAUCUCCGGACAAGAUGUACGCGAUCAGAAUGUCCUGGCUGCACAGACGAUCGCAAACGUCGUCAAAAGCUCAUUAGGUCCUAUGGGGCUGGACAAAAUGCUGGUGGACAACAUCGGAGAAGUCACGAUAUCCAACGACGGCGCGACCAUCCUGUCCCUCCUCGCGGUCGAGCACCCCGCAGGCAGAGUAUUCGUCGAUCUUGCACAAAAACAAGACAAGGAAGUCGGCGAUGGAACGACAUCUGUGGUACUCAUCGCUGCCGAGUUGCUUCGCCGAGCAAAUGAGCUUGUGAAGCAGAAGAUCCAUCCUACUACGAUUAUCACUGGGUACAGGCUCGCGUGCCGAGAGGCGGUCAAGUUCAUGCAAGAUCAGAUGAGCGUGAAGGUAGACGCGCUGGCUAGGGAGGCACUCAUCAACGCAGCAAAGACUAGCAUGUCGAGUAAGAUCAUUGGAGGAGACGACGACCUCUUUGCACCUAUGGCUGUCGAUGCUAUGCUGGCUGUAAAGACUAUCAACAGCCGCGGCGACAUCAAGUACCCUGUGAAGGCGGUGAAUGUUCUGAAAGCCCACGGUCGCAGUGCUCGUGAAUCCAUAUACGUCAAGGGCUAUGCUCUGAAUUGUACCGUCGCGAGUCAGGCCAUGAAGACGCGCAUAACCAACGCCAAGAUUGCGUGCCUUGACAUCAACUUGCAGAAAGCUCGCAUGCAACUGGGUGUGCAGAUCCUUGUCGAUGAUCCGAACCAGCUUGAGGACAUCCGGAAGAGAGAGUCCGAGAUUACAUUGGAGCGUGUCCGCAAAAUUCUCGCAGCAGGAGCAAAUGUCGUCCUGACUACAAAAGGUAUCGACGAUAUGUGCCUUAAGGAGUUCGUCGAGGCAGGCGCCAUAGCAGUCCGCCGGUGUAGAAAGGAGGACUUGCGCCGGAUAGCGAAGGCGACGGGCGGCACCCUCGUCUCGAGUCUUGCGAAUCUCGAGGGCGAGGAGUCGUUCGAACCGAGCUACCUCGGAACUGCCGAGGAAGUUGUUCAGGAGCGUAUCUCGGACGAUGAGCUCAUUCUAGUCAAGGGCACCAAGGUGGUCAGCUCAUCUUCCAUCAUCCUCCGGGGCGCGAACGACUAUAUGCUGGAUGAGAUGGAAAGGGCCCUUCAUGACGUUCUGUCUAUUCUAAAGCAGACGCUCGAGAGUGGUGCCGUGGUUCCCGGAGGAGGCGCCGUCGAGACCGCACUCUCGAUCUAUCUCGAGAACUUUGCGACAACUUUGGGUUCCCGAGAACAACUGGCGAUUGCCGAGUUCGCUAGCGCGUUGUUGGUCAUUCCGAAGACAUUGGCUGUGAACGCAGCGAAGGACUCAACGGACCUCGUCGCCAAACUGCGCGCAUAUCAUAAUGCGGCACUUAAUGCUCCGGCCGGAGACCCGAAAAAGGCACUUCUGCGCUAUGGCCUUGACCUGUUGAACGGCGAGGUCCGCGACAACGUCACUGCCGGCAUUUUGGAACCAACGAUCAGCAAGGUCAAGAGUCUAAAGUCGGCCUUUGAGGCUGCAGUGUCGCUUCUUCGUAUUGACGAUGCCAUUCAAUGCGUAGCUGAAUCGAAGGGCGAACCAGACCCUCACGGCCAUUAGAGGGCGGGUAUGUCAGGGGAGAAACAACAGGAUCGCCGUGACUUUUACAAUGACAAUGUAUAAUGUUACUAUAGUCAACG